GGCGGCGGCAAGAAGCACAACGCCGAACACCACGAAGUGGAGGGCCACAAGGGGGAUAAGGGUUACAAGGGCCACCACGAGUACGAGAAGGGCGAGAAGGGCCACCACGACAAAGAGGGCCACAGCGGCUCGUAUAAGGACCACGGCGGCAAGAAGGAGGAGCACCACGAGGGCGGAGGGCACUACGGCGAGCACCACUCCGGGGAGAAGGGCGAGAAGGGCGCCAAGUACGGCGAGGGCGGCGAGCACAAGAAGGGCCACAGCACCAAGGGCGAGCACAACAUCCACAAGAAGGACGAGUACGAGAAGAAGCACGAGUUCUUCGACGAGUACCACGAGGGCGGCGAGCACUCCAAGCACGGCGAGUACGGACACCACGGCCACCACGACAAGGAGCACCACGGCGGCCACUACCACGACCACGGCGGCCACAAGCACAGCCACCACCACGGCGACGGCCACCACCACGAGCACCACCACGGCGAGAAGGGCGAGAAGGGCGCCAAGUACGGCGAGCACGGCCACCACAAGAAGGGACACCACACCAAAGGCGGACACAGCGUGCAUAAGAAGGACGAGUACGAGAAGAAGCACGAAUUCCACGACGAGCACCAUGACGGUGGCCACCACGGCAAGCACGGACAUCAUCACCAUCAUCACGAACAUCAUGAUGGCGGUCACCACAAGGGAGGCCACCACCAUCAUGGACACCAUGAGAAACAUCACGGCAAGAAGGGACAUCACCAUCACGGACACCAUCACCACGACCACAAGGGUCACCACGGGCACGGAGGUCACGAGCACCACCACGGACACCAUCACGAGCACGGCGGCAAGGGAGGUCACGAGGAACACAAG